GCCUCAGCCUCUGUCAUUCCCGAGCGGAUUGUUUGUUGUCAAAAUGGAGUUCUUACUUGGAAAUCCGUACAGCACUCCCGUUGGCCAAUGUAUAGAGAGGGCCACAGAUGGAGGCCUACAGAAUGAGGACUGGGCCCUCAACAUGGAGAUCUGCGAUAUCAUAAACGAGACAGAUGAGGGGCCAAAAGACGCCAUGCGGGCACUGAAGAAGAGACUCGGUGGCAACAAGAACUACAGAGAAGUGAUGCUGGCGCUGACGGUUUUGGAGACAUGUGUGAAAAACUGCGGUCACAGGUUUCAUAUCCAGGUGGCCAACAGAGAUUUCAUCGAUGGUGUGUUGGUCAAAAUCAUCUCCCCCAAAACCAAUCCUCCAACCAUCGUACAGGACAAAGUGCUGGCGCUCAUACAGGCCUGGGCUGAUGCCUUCAGAAGUAGCCCCGAUCUUACUGGUGUGGUCCACAUUUAUGAGGAGCUGAAGAGGAAAGGCCUUGAGUUCCCCAUGGCCGACCUGGAUGCAUUGUCUCCCAUCCACACACCACAGAGGGGUGCACCAGAGGUGGACCCAGCUAUGAUCAAGUACCUAGCCCCGGUUUCACCCGCUGCCGGGCCUCCUAUACCGGCCCCGAUCCCCAUCCUGACCCCUGCCUCUACCACACCGGCUGUUCCAAGCCCCAUCACAGCGACCCCUGAACAGAUCGCCCGGCUGCGCAGUGAGCUGGACGUAGUGAGAGGAAACACCAAAGUCAUGUCGGAAAUGCUCACAGAGAUGGUCCCUGGGCAGGAAAGUGCCUCUGACCUAGAACUGCUUCAGGAGCUGAACAGAACAUGCAGGGCCAUGCAGCAGAGAGUGGUGGAGCUGAUUUCACGAGUCUCUAACGAGGAAGUGACCGAGGAGCUGCUACACGUCAACGACGACCUCAACAACAUUUUCCUCCGAUAUGAGAGGUACGAGAGGUACAGGACGGGUAGAGCGGCACAGAACAACGGGAUGUUGAAUGAGGCCACAGAGGACAACCUGAUAGACCUUGGCCCAGGCUCCCCUGCUGUGGUCACGCCCAGGAACAGCUCCAGCCCUCCGCCCAAAACAAUCGCCGGGGCAACUGCCUCCCCGGCCCAUAACCCCACCACGGCCUCUCUUGCGUCUGCACUAGCUUGUAUUGAUGUAGCUUCAGACAGCGUGAGCGGGACUCUGUCCUCUCUACCAGGCCGCAACCAGGACGACUUCGACAUGUUUGCCCAGACCAGGACCAGCUCUUUGGCCGAGCAGCGCAAAAAUGUAAAGUACGAGGACCCUCAGGCUCUGGGUAGCCUGGCCUCGGCUCUGGAUGUGAGACAACAGAACACAGGAGGGCUGAGGGUAAAAGGGGAUGAUAACCCAGCAGAUCAGGAGCUGCCCAUAGACAGCUGGCUUAUUACCCAAGGAAUGAUCCCUGUAUCGCAGUCCUCUGUCAUGGAUGACAUAGAGGAGUGGCUCUGUGCUGACGUGAAAGGGGAUGCUGCCGAGGAAGGGGUGACCAGUGAAGAGUUUGAUAAGUUCCUGGAGGAGCGAGCAAUGGCACCAGACUCUCUGCCAUCUCCCCCCGGAGCUAACCCCGCUCACCCCGCUCACCCCGCUCACCCCGCUCACCCCGCUCGUGCCCCUGGCGGCUCCCAAAAGAAGGCCGAGCGGACGGAGGAUGCCCUCUUUGCCUUGUAGACUCUUCUCAGAGAACCUCGAUGUCUCUCCAGGGGCGUCCAAAGGUCCUCGCCCUAAAUGAUUCCUCCCUAACAGUCCCUCCAGUCCCAUGUCUUCGCUGACUGGCAGUGGUGUAGCGAGUGAUCUCCACCUCCUUGUCAUUCUGUUGCCACAGUGUUGCUAUAACAUGCAGAGGUCCAACAUGUUUACUGCGCACAGCUGCGUUGCGUUUUACUAUAUAUGGAUGUAUUAAUCUGUUAGUGUGGGAUGUACUCCUCGCAGCCCUGCGUCUCAUUUGUAACGCUCCACCAAAGGAAGACAAGCUAACCUGUCUGAUGUGGUUUAAAAAUGUGGUAUAUUACUGCAAGGUUAAUGGAGAAAGAUCACUGCAGGUCCAUGCAUUGGGUCAGAAUGGAAGCAUACAAUUAGGAUUACAUUGUGUUGUUUGACUACAUUCAGCUAAUUGAUGCAUUUAUUGUUUUAAUGGUUUGUUCUGUACUAUGUACUAGCGCUGUGGUUAUGGUCGAUCCUUGCUUUUUUUCCCUCCACAAAAUACUCCAGUUAGAGCUCUAGUCUUGCUUUUAUUACUGAGAUAUAUAUAUAUAUAUAUAUAUAU